AUGAGGUGGAACCAGGACCGCUCAAGAGCGGCAGUAUCCACGGUGAAGAAACGAGAACCACCUCAGUCCUACUCAGUCCUUCUCCGCUACGUGGCAAACCAGCUGAGUGAGGAAGUGUUUGGGAAGUCUUUAGUACCGAGCUUUAAGGGACCCAAUAAAUACACUGGUAUGUAGAUCAUCGAUUAGUUUGCCUCUUCAUACAGUUUAUAGUUUGUAUGGUUUCUUGAUGUUAUUGGCUUCUCGAUUUUUCUAUUGAUUAAUGUAGGUGAACUACUGGGAGUGGAAUACCUAUAUGAUCAAACGGGAAAGGUCCUGCAGGUCAUACAGGGUGACGCGACUGAGACUGACGACAUCGGCGGUGAUGCAAAUGAGGACUCGGAUGAUGAAGGAUUUGAUGAGGCCCUUGCCUUUAACGAUCCAACAAUCGCUCCACAGCAGUUUAUCAUCGACCAGCCAGCCCGUCAAUCUACUACAACACCCCGACAACACGGUAGGCAUUUAUUGUGUCCCUUUACAAGCAAAAAUACCAGGCAGUAAACUUACUACUUAUUUUUCCAGAUUCUACUACUUUAAGUGCAUCCUUCGCCUCUAACACGCCUUCUACAACACCCUUGUCUGCUUCUCGUGUUUCCAUGGGGCUGAACACACCAUCCACACAAAGUGGUAAGUGCUUGUUGUAGCAGCAAAUUUGUAAUUGUGUUGAUUGUAUAUUUUAGUUUUCCUGUACCCUAGGCUUGUUCAUGGAAGCCCCGUCGACUUCAUCUGCUUCCCCGUCUCAACCAGGAUCUUCCUGUGAUGCCGCUGACGAGAUCUCGGAUGAAUCUUGA